GCUUCGACUAGCGACCGAGCGCCAUCCUCUUCCUGGGAGAUCCAUCUAAUGGUGCUGCAUACCACAAAUGACGAAGGACUCUUGACGAAAGCUUCUCCAAACAACCGAAUUCAACCUCUCAUAAGAAACCAAACCGACCGACCUUCUCCGUCGCCGUCUUCUUCCUGGUCCUUUGAUCUUCGCGCCUGGGGUCAGGUCAGAUCAGACAUCUUUCCUUACAUCCACCACCCCGGUUACAUCGAAACACGCAGCGAAAAUGAAUGCUACCAAACGAAAGUUCAACGCCCUCAUCCAGGGUAUGGGCAGAUCAUCCGCCUCUACGAAAUCGAACGACACCACGAGCUUGCCUUCCGAAUCCCCUCGUCCGUCGACGACUUCCCUCCAGCCCUCCAACACGAAUUCUACAAACACGAACAUAACGGCCGAUACCUCUGUAAAACCGAGCAUGUCGAUUGAAGAGGAUAUCUUGUUGAAGCGUCGGCGCCUGCAAGCACUGACUGAGAAGAAUGCCGCUACGAUCAAUAGCUCUCCUUCAAUUCGUGCCACUGGAGCAGGUGCAACGACAACCUUCUCGAACGUAUCUCUGAAGAAGUGGGUUCCAAGGUCUGCCAACGUGACGGAAAUCAAGCACGCCCCAAAGUUUGCACCCAGCGACCGAAACGAGCUCCUGAAGAGACUAGCAUCGUUCCAGGAGAUUACAGACUGGACACCGAAGCCCGAUGCAGUGAACGAGGUUGAAUGGGCGAAGCGAGGAUGGGUAUGCCAGGGAAAGGAUCGUGUGCGGUGCUCACUCUGCAAUAAGGAGCUCGUUGUGAAGCUCAACAAACGCGAAGUCGAUGGCAAGGAGGUACCUGUCCUUGUGGCGUCGGACGUCGCAGAGGAAGCGUUAAUAGAAAGAUACUCCGAUCUUAUUGUCACGGCACACCUGGAGGAAUGUUUAUGGAGAAAACAGGGAUGUGAUAAUUCGCUACUCCGGCUGUCUUUAACCAAUGCCAAAAUAAGUGUGGAGGCUUUGCGGACACGUUACGACGAGCUCUGUGCAAGGAAACCCUUCCUUCCCUAUGAGUUCAACUUGAGGCUGCCUGAGGGCCUCAACAUCGACAGCGUCCUCGCUCAGCUGCCGGAAGACUUCUUCACAAGCCCACCGCCAACCAAGGACUCUCCGGAUCCAAAGGAACCAAACAGGGUCGCUUUGGCUCUGGCAAUGAUGGGGUGGCAGGGCCUCACGAAUCCCCGCAUUGGUGCGGUGCCAAAUUCGGCCUCCUGUCACACGUGCUUGCGACGUCUCGGUCUAUGGAUGUUCAAGAGUAAGGAGGUCAGCGCCGACGGCGAGAUCCUCGUUCCCGCGCCAAUGGAUCAUCUUGAUCCAGUCAAGGAGCACCGUUUCUUCUGCCCUUGGAAGAAUCCUGUGGCGCAACGUCUGGGCAGCGCGAAGCCUGGCUCAGACGCGACCUUGGCGGCUUGGAAGUUGCUGACGCAGGUACUGAAGAAUGACGCUUACCUGCGCGGAGCGCUCGAGGACCGGCCGAAGAACAGGUCCACAUGGCAUAAUAGAGGCGCCUCGGUGCCUUCAACGCCGGUUCGAAGGGGCGCUGCGGCGCACUCGACACCAGGGGGUUACGACUCGCCGAGCGCUGCCACCGAGCCAGCCGGCGGGGAGGACGAACAGUCAAGAGAAGCCAAGGACAAGGAACGUUGGGCACGUCUUAGGAGGGUUAAGAGUUUGUUUGAAUCAAAGAACGCUAAGAAGAUCCGUCGGCAGCUUAGCAGGCCGGGCACAGCGCGCUCGACCGUCUCAGGGGCGGGGGGAGACAAGGAAAAGGAGAAGGAGUAGUAGUGGACAACCAGUCUGCGCCAAUUUCGUGUCACUCACUUGAGAUUUCAUACUGGAACGGAGGAAACAAGGAGUUCUCAGGGAAUGUCUCAUGGUCGAGGAAGGCCUGUUUGCAAUUUUGUCUUGGCUAGAAUACCCAUAUGAUGG